AGGGAGAUAUUUAUUAAAUAAUGAAGGCGGGCGGACGAAGACAUGCUGGGGGCUCAUGUCGCAACGCUUCAACCGCUUUCUUACACGCAACUCUCACACGCCUCUUCUCUUUUUAUUUUCACUCCUUUCCUCCAAUUCUUGUUCGGAGCCUGACUGCGUUUAUGAGAAUUGAAUCGAUAAAUGAAUUGUUGUUGUUCGGAUUGUGAUGGCGCUAUCUAUCGGAGUAUGCUCGACUUCAUCUUUUGAUUUUGUUGAGGUGACGUUUUUGAAAUUAUCAAGUUGUAGCAAUUUGUCGAAACGACGAAGAGGUUUGUCUGUGGUCUCAAUAGAUAAUUGCCUUGGGAAGCAAACUUCGAGUAUCAAGUGCUUUGCUUCGAUCCAAAGGCCAACUCGCGAAUUAGAAUCUGAGGAGAAUGCUAGUGUAAGUUGCUCGGAGGAUGAUGAUGAUUUUAGCCAUGUGAUGAAGUUUAAGAUGUCGGACUUCAAGAUUCAUGAUCGUGUUAGCAUUGGCCUUGGAGAUAGGAGCGACGAGGUGGUAUAUGAAGCCACAGUGAAGGAAGCUAGCAGUCCAUUGUUUGGUACGAGAGUUGUGCUUCGACGGCUGGUUAGCACUCAGGCUAAGCGUAGGGGAAAACGGGCGAUAGAAGUGUUGAAAAGACUAGCACAUCGUAGAUUAUUGUACCAUUCUUACUCAAUGCAAGUUCAUGGCUACGUGUGCUCAUCCACAACCGGCAGUCCAUUUACUCUAGUUCAUGGAUAUCAUGGUAGUUCUUCUUUGAGGCAUUGGCUUCAACAAUCAGAUUGGCUACCAACUCUGGAAGCUACUCUUGCAUUGGAUGAGGAGUCUGUCAGGAGAGUUGGAGAUGACACAGUGGGAGGACCGGCAAUUUCUAGACAAUUACGCCUUAUUCGAAUUUUAAUGCGAGAUCUGUUGAUUGGGGUGAAUUACUUGCACAGCCAUGGACUUGCCCAUACAGAGUUGAAACUUGAAAAUUUGCAUAUCAGCGCUGUGGAUAGACAUAUCAAAGUUAGUUCUAUUACUUGUGUCAUUAAAUGGAAUGUGAGCAUACACGUCUAUGAGAUUAAUCUUUUAGUUGGCAUAUUAGGAAAUGCUGCCGAUUUUCAUGAUUGCAGUCCAUAUGAUGGAAAACUGGACAGCAACAUGGAUAGGCGAAAAAUGAUGAUUGCGUUUGACAUGAGAUGUGUUGGAUUUAUCAUGGCCAAAUUGGUUUUGAGGGACCUUAUGGAUCGAACAAUUUUCGCUAAGUUCAAAGCAUUUCUCUCCAAGGGAAAUGACCCUGCAUGCUUGCGUGAGUUUCUGAUCAAUAUUGUCAGUAGAAACUCUUCUCUUAAAAAUGUAGGAUUCCAAAUACUUGAUAAAAACUGGGGUGCAGGUUGGAACUUGCUCUCCUUACUUCUUGCAACCAAACCUUCAGAAAGAAUAAGUUGUUUAGAUGCUCUGAGGCAUCCUUUCCUGUGUGGACCAAAGUGGCGUGUAGAUCCAACAAUGGACAUGAUCAGAUGGAGCCUGGGUUCUACUGCUGUUCGUAUCACAGAGGAAUACAUUUAUGCCAAGCAGCAGCGGCGAAGAAUUGCACAUUUCAUUGAGCUAAUGGAGAUGUUAAAUCCUCAUUCAAAACCAAGGCAUUGGCUGCAAUUACUCCCUGGCAAAUGGCGACUUCUAUAUAGCACAGGCCGGCAUAUAGGACUGACCCUCCGGCAGCCUUCAAUCAGAGUCCUCAUUGGCAAUGUUCACUUAAGAAUAACGAAGCUUUCAAAACCAGAAGUAGCUUUUUCUAUAGAAUCAGAGAUCGGCUUCACAGUUUUGCCUGGUGAAGAUUGGGCUCAUGACAAAGCUGGAACAGGUGGAAAACUACAAGUUAAAUCUCUUUUCAAGUUGAGAGCUGGGAGACGAUUGUACAUAAAGGAGGAAUCGACCACCAGGAUAAAUUCAGCCUCACCAGAUGUAAGGGAUUCAAUCCUUGAGAAAUUGUCUAACAAGAAGUGGGGAAAGUUCAUUCCCAUAAAGGAAUUCCCUUCAAGCCUACCUGUUGCUAAACUUGUUUCUAGUGAUGUUGAGAUUGCAAUGAGUUUAGAUGAGCCAUUAACUACAGAUGUCAAAACUGCGAAGAAUGUCAUCCAGGAAGUGAGAAUGCAAGUUCCGCCUGAAUUAUUUGAUCUGUCGAAAAUUGUCUGUGGGACAUAUUUAGAUUCCAGGUUGCUUGUCCUUCGAAGUGUGAACGGUUCUGCCCUGUUGUUCACAAGGGACGUCCCUUGUGAAUGAAAGUUGCUUAUAAACCUCUCCUCUUGUAUAUGAUUUGUAUAACGUUAGGUUGUUGAUAAAGCGAUCUUACCCCAUUAUUUAUACUGACAA